AUGGUGUUGCCACCACCGGACAAACGGCACGUGUGUCUCACCACCAUUGUGAUCAUGACCAGCAUGGCCUUUAUGGACGCCUACCUGGUGGAGCAGAAUCAAGGCCCACGCAAGAUUGGCGUAUGCAUCAUCGUCCUGGUGGGGGAUGUAUGCUUCCUUAUAGUUCUCCGUUAUGUGGCCGUGUGGGUAGGUGCCGAGGUGCGGACCGCCCGACGAGGCUACGCUAUGAUCCUCUGGUUUCUCUACAUCUUUGUGCUGGAGAUCAAGCUUUACUUCAUCUUCCAGAAUUGCAAAGCUGACCGCAAGAGCCUGGAGACAGUGGCUCGGAAAGCCCUAACAUUGCUGCUGUCAAUUUGUGUGCCGGGUCUCUACCUGGUCCUAGUGGCUCUAGACAGCAUGGAAUAUGUUAGAACCUUCCGGAAGAAAGAGGACAUGCGAGGGAGACUCUUCUGGGUGGCACUGGAUCUUCUGGACCUCCUUGACAUCCAAGCAAACCUCUGGGAGCCCCAGCGGACAGGCUUGCCCAUCUGGGCAGAAGGCCUGAUGUUCUUCUACUGCUACAUCUUGUUGCUGAUCCUUCCCUGCGUGUCGCUGAGUGAAAUCAGCGUGCAGGGAGAACAUGUGUCGCCACAAAAGAUGAUGCUCUAUCCGGUGCUCAGCCUUGUCACCAUCAACGUGGUCACCAUCCUCAUCCGUGGAGUCAACAUGGUACUAUUCCAGGACAGCCGGGUCUCAACCAUUUUUGUGGGCAAAAACGUGGUGGCAAUAGCAACAAAAGCCUGUACCUUUCUGGAGUACCGAAAGCAAUCUCGCGAGUUUCCAGCACGCGAGAAUGCAACUGGGAUUGCACUGGAGAUCCAGCCAAACUCAGUAGGACACGGCCAAGCCCUGCCCAAUGCCACAAGCCUGCCACAUGAACCCACACCAGUGCAAGAGAUUAUUGACACAUGA